CUACGUUUACGCAAUGAACUCAAGCAGAGAUAAGUUAGAGUUUACGUUAACGUUCAUGGUUAAGGGCCAGUGGCCACAAGUUUGAAGUUUGCCACGCCACAAGGGUGGGUGGUCUGUGAAGGCAGCACUUCAAAUCUCAAAAUAGUCAAAAUCUCUAGUCUCAGUCUCUAUUUAGCCAACAACUAUUUAGCGUGAUUUAGCUUUGAGACUUUUGUGUUAAGAGAUCGAUAAUUAUUGAUUGAGAAUUGAAAUUUGAAAUUCAUCAGUGAAAAUGAUGCGUCAUGAAAUCAUUAAAAAUAUAAUAUCAGUUCAUCGGGGUAUUACUGGAAUUCGCCAAACCAGUUCACAUGUCAACAUUGAAAAUCUUGAAAAAGAAUCUGUCCUAACUGAUAAUGACUUUAUUGUUGAUGAUGAGCAUAGAUGUAAAGAAGAGCAAAUAGAGAAGAGCAGAAACAAAUCACGCCUCAGGUCCCAUGACCGGAAUAUUGUUAUGGAAAAGAAUCCUUACCUUGAACCUAUGCUUUGGCAUCAUGGAACAAUCAAGUACCUCAGAAGAACUUAUGGACGUUAUGGUCAAUCUUCAGGAGUAAAUCCAUCCAUCUGCUGGCCUACUAAGGAAGAGCUGGAAAAUGUCAUGGAAUAUGAAAUGGUCAAGUAUCCAUAUACUAUUCCCCAAAUGAUUGCAGAGGCCAAACAAAAAAGAAAGGAGAAUGAUGAAAAGGUAAUGGCUAGACAACAAGGAAUUGUUGAAAAACUGAAGAAGUUAGAGGGCUGGAAACAGGAUUUAUACAACAGAAUAUCAAAAAAGGAGAGUGAGGCUAAAGCAGCUAAAGAACGUAAAGAAAGGUUAGUAGAAGAAGUUAGGAGGCACUUUGGUUUCAAGGUAGAUCCCAAAGAUGAUAAAUUCAAAGAAAUGUUGGAGAAAAAAGAGAAACAACAAAAGAAAGCUAUGAAAGAAGAAAGACAGAAAAUUAAAGAAGCUAAAAUGGUAGAAAAGUUAUAUAGUAAAAAAAUUUAAUCCCAGGAAGUUGCAGAAAGCCAAAAUAAAUUACCAGAAUGAUGAGUCUAUAUUAGUUUAAUAAAAAUUUGUUA